GACUCCAGUCGCCUCCCGAAAAACACUCCAAGAUGGUGGAGUGUAUCGUGUGCCUUGACGACCUACCGUCUUCGAAGACGGCCAAGUUGAAGUGUGGUCAUCGGAUGUGCAAGUCGUGCCUCAAGCGCAGCUUCAAGCUCUCCGUCAAAGACCCCGCGCAGAUGCCGCCGAGGUGCUGCACGUCGGACUGCAUCCCGCUCAAGCACGUCGAGAACCUGUUCGACAUCGAUUUCAAGAGGACUUGGAACCGCAAGUUCCACGAGUUUUCCACCCGGAACCGCGUGUACUGCCCGGGUAAGAGAUGCGGCCGCUGGAUCAGACCGGACCAAAUCCGGCUGCACCGCAACGGCCGCAAGGUGGGCAGAUGCGGUAGCUGCCAUACUCGCGUAUGCUACGAGUGCAACAACAAAUGGCACGGCUCCAGUCCCUGUUCCGCUGAUGAAGAGACAAACCAGAUUCUACAGCAAGCCAAGGAAGAGGGAUGGCAGCGCUGCUACAACUGCAGGAAUAUGGUAGAGUUGAAAGAAGGCUGUAAUCACAUGACUUGUCGUUGCGGUGCCGAGUUCUGUAUGAUUUGUGGGUUGAAGUGGAAGACUUGUGAAUGCCCAUGGUUCAACUAUGAAGGUGCCGACGCCGAAGCCCUCGACCAUAUGCAGAUCCCGGAACCGAUGAUAGAUCGCGAGCGAUUGGGUCUCAGGAGUGCUCCUCCUGCGCAGGGCUUCGAUAGUAGACGCUCGCCUGCUACUAGCCUACGAGCUCGAACAAGCCCUUACAAUGAGGAACUUCUCCGUAGACGUCUUCAGGAACAACAGGACGAAGAAUUGGCGCGGAGACUUCAGUUCGAGGACAGCGAGGACGAAUAUAUGGAUCCUGCAGACGACGGUAUGGGCCUCGGUAACGCUGCCAACACAGCGACACCCUUCAAUAUGAAUCAACCCUUUAGACGUCGCGCACAGACUGUUGUUGCACCACCAGCUCCCGCACCGCCGGCGGUAGGACCAUUUGAAAGGACGGCAGGUUCAGUGGCGGACUAUGUUACUGGAGUGAAUAGGGCACGUGGACUUCGUGCCAGUUCGAUGGAGCGACGUCUCGCCGACCGAUUCGAACAGCGUCAAACCCCUGCUCCGACUCACCAACCUUUCGGACAGUCCAUACCACCUCCCCCGGCUCCUCCUCGAGCGAUGGGUCCGCCGCCACUACCGACUCAAGCCCCUAUACCCACACCCCCUAUGAUGCGCAGGCAUACCGUAGACGACGAAGAAUUAUACGAGAUCCCGAGGGCCAGCCGAAUGUCCGAGCGGAUGCUCCCCAGGCGAGCCUCCGCACGCGGUUAUAUGGACGACUCGGCCCUCUACGAGUCUGGACCCCGAGUCCGACACCGGCAGCGCGCCGCAUCAACAUCGCCUAAAGAUUCCGUUCUCGCCGGUCUCACCGGUCCUGGACGCGGUAUGCACCGCGUUUACGAAUGGGUUGAGCACGUCGAGGAUCCACACACACUCGUUGCGUAGGUAGAUUCGAUGAUGACGACGAUGAUGUUAGGCAAAUGGGUUAUUUUUGUUUUUACUUGAGAGGAAACGUUUUUUUUUCUUCUUUUCCUUCCCCGUACUUAGGGGCUCAUGUGUUGACGAUAGUUCAUGAAAGACGCAUAACAUGACAUAACAUGACA